AUGGUUAGCUGUACGUUGAUAAAACGAUUUACCUUUACGUUGAAACGAUCAAGUGGCAAAAGUGGUUGGGGACCAUAUCGUAAUAUACGGAAAGGUGAUCACUUUGUUGGUACUGAACCACAUCCGUUGAAAUAUCAUGUGUUGCAAGAUAAGAAACCAUUGCAUAAAUACGGAUUGCAAGGAACGCGUCAUCUGCUUCCAGGAACCGGUAAAGUCAGUUCAACACUGCCGACUCGAACAGUUCUGAAAAAAGAUAAGAUUUAUGCUUGGUGUUCGUGCGGAUAUAGUGGAACUCAGCCUUUAUGUGAUGGAAGUCACCUUCAUUACUACAUUCCAACAAAGCUACGACCUGUACGAUUCAUUCCUGACAAAGAUAUGGAGGUAUGGUUUUGUAAUUGUAAACAAACUAAAACGCGCCCAUUUUGUGAUGGUUCACAUCGCGAAGUUAGCGCAAAGCUCAAAAAAGCUUCUGAAGAGGACGAAAAUAAAUAA